AUGAUUAAAAAGGCAUUCCUUCUUCUAUCUCUUGUCCUAUCCCCCCUACAGCAACGCUUUCAAGAAGUGUUGACGCAUGAGCCGUUGGUUACUAUGCUCAAUGAUCGCAGUGCUGCCCUGCAUACACUCUCGGUAUAUUCUUCCGAGCUGUCCGCUUCUUCAGCUGGCACCGGGACUGCGGCAUGUUCCAAUUUGCUAAACGAGGUUGGUCAAUUGAAACUUCGCUUUGUCCGGCUAUCAAGCCUCACAAAACAUCGACUCAACUUACAUUCACGUAGAGCUGAAGAACACCAACGUUUGGCCGAGUCGUUACAGGCUUCCGAGGAGGCGUUGGUCGGUUCGAGAUAUCAACUGGCCGGCCUGACUGACCUGGCUGCUGGACUAUCAGAGCGUCUCAAAUUGCCACUUUCGUCCGAUACCAUUUUUCAUCACCCAACUGGCAGACGUGAUGUCGCACUGCCUCACGUCAACGAGCCUUCAACAUCCGAGACUCACGACUCCGAGUCUGGCCUGGAGAAUGCUGCAGCCUCCUGUCGACAGGAUGAACGAAGAGGUCAGUUGCUCCAGGCCUCGACAUCAUCAAUCUCUGUUGGUGCUGUUCUCACGACCAACACUGAAACCUAUGCCGGGCCAUCAGAUGAAGAUUUAGUGGCAGAUGUCAUCGGUGGGCUCACUAGUUUCCUUAUGAGCUUGGCAACCAAUGAGGCCCACCACCUGCCUGGCCUCCAGACACAAACAGACCUAGUGUUACCACAGACACUGGAGAGUGGGGCUCAGGAACUGGCGGUAGUUUAA